AUGGGCUUAGCUGAUUUAUUUACUUCUUAUGAAACUGAGAAGAUUGUUAAAAUCAAAGAUAAAAGACUCAAAAUUCUUCAUAUUAUAUUUUUAUUUGCAAUUUUCGUGUAUAUAUUUAUUUUUAAUAUUGUAUUAGAUAAAAGCUAUCUAUCUAUAGAGUUGCCUAUUGGUACCAUUCGUACCUCUUUGCAAGCACCACAAGCAAGAUCAAGUGAAUUACCAUAUUGUUUAAACAGUACAAACAUCAUAUUCAAUGGAUUUCCAACAAUGCAAUGUGCCUAUUGGGAUGAAGAGUUGAUUGUUUAUCCUCCAACAGCCGACUACUCGAUGUUCGUGUCGACACGUGUCACCACAGAGGUACAAGACACCCCCAACUGCGAUCUGACUAGCUUGAAUUGCACAUUCGAAUCGUUCAACACUACCAAUCUCUUUAUUGCCGACAUUGACAAUUUCACUAUUCUCCUCGAUCACACACUCUCAGCACCUUCACAUGACAUCCAAUUCAACGCACGUGAGUUGCCUGGUCAACUUUUAGAUACCGACGGUAAACCAUGGACACCACCUCCACCAAGCGUUGUUGGUCAAAAAGGAUUGUUUGACAUUUUGACUUUGGAUACUAUUUUAGAGGCAGCUGGCAUCGAUUCAUUGGAUGACAUGAGUUUAAGUAAUUCUUCAAGAUCGAUUAGAGAUGACGGUAUUAUUUUACUGGUGUUUAUAGAUUAUAGUAAUGUCUAUACUUAUAAUACCAACAACUAUCGUUAUACCUACCGUUUCAAAGCAAUAAAGGAUACAAAGUUCAAGAUCAUGGAGCCUAUAUAUGGAUCUGAUCUGCAACAUCGUUUCGUGCUGAAUCGACACGGAGUGAAGCUGAUAUUCUUACAAACCGGUCAAAUCGGUGCAUUCGAUUUUCAAACCUUACUUUUAAAUUUUGUAUCAGGUUUAGGAUUGUUAGCAGUUGCAACUUUUAUUGUAGAGAAUAUUGUUAUGAAGAUCUUACCACAGAGAGAUGAAUAUCAUUCAUUAAAAUAUCAAGUUCAUGUAUUGGAUGUCGAGCAACCAAGUGAAACGCUUACCUAUCAGGCAAUCAGUGAUUAA